AUGUCUUUCCAGGAAGCUGGUUCAAUAUGGUCUUUGAAAAGUCCAAUUUGCGUCUGCACAGAGCAGCAUGCCAACUGGUCAAUAUCUGAUAAAACUGUGGCUAUUGUCGGCACAGGAGCAUAUUAUCCACCAAAUAGAAAAAGUGCUGCAGAUCUAAAAGAUAUCAUCAGCAAAGUGCACGAAUUGGACAGCAUAUUCAACAAAAUCUUGGAGAUCAAUGACAAAUCCAUGAUAAAAACGCGUCACUUCGCCAUCCCGGACGAUCACCCUUACUGGGGAAGACCGGAAGUACCAACGAUCGCUGAGUGUGAUGUGCUGUUCAAAUUAUACGGCGCGCCCAUGGCGGAAACGGCCGCCAAGAAGGCCCUGGACAACUGGGGAGGCUCGAUGCAAGAUAUCACUCAUCUUGUCGUAGUCACCUGCACCAAUACCGCAAAUCCUGGGCUUGACUUUCACCUUAGUCAAAAACUCGGGCUCGGCAGGAACGUCCACCGCAUACUGCUCCAUGGAAUCGGUUGUGCCGGUGGUGUUGCAGCGCUACGAACGGCAAACGAACUUCUUCUUGGAGCGGCAUUUCAGGCUAAAGCAGGAAGAGCUCUCGUUGUUGCAUGCGAGCUCACAUCAAUUUAUUGUCGCACGGAGCUAGCUGAUAUUGAAAGGGAUCAUCGUGUCAACGUCGGAGUCACCCUGUUUGGGGAUGGGGCCGGCGCUUUGGUGCUAAGUAAUUCGAUCGGUGUCACAGUUUCCGAGAAAGAGAGCGUUUGGAACAUUCUGAACGCUCGAUCAACUGUCAUCAAGGGGUCUGAACAAUGCUUGGAAUAUAACGUUCAUGCUCGUGGGUACCAUGCUGUGAUCUCGAAAGACGUCCCAAGCUUUAUUCGCGCAUCAAUUUCUCAGGGCUUCGAGGAGCUGAUCAGAUCGACUCCAUCACUUUGCCGAGAUGGCAACAAUUUCGUGCCGUCAAACUAUGAUUGGGCCCUGCAUCCAGGCGGCUAUGGUGUAUUGGUCCUGGCGGAGCAAGAACUGGGUCUUUCCCAGCACCAUUUGCGAAAGAGCCAUGAGGUCUACCGUACCAGAGGAAAUAUCAGUUCUGUUACAGUGCUGGGCGUUAUUGAUGAAUUGGCGAAAGAAGAUGUUACAAGCGGUUCAGCCAGAAGAAAUGUCAUUGUUUGCUCAUUCGGGCCGGGUAUGACCAUGGAAAUGGCGGUGAUGUCAAGACAUAAUCACGGAAGGUGA